AUGAACAAACAAAUAUUUUCAGUUGUAUUUAAUAAUUCUUUUGUAAAUAAAUUGAUUUUUAAAAAUGUUUAUCAUAUCAAUCGAUUAUAUAAUGAGCAAGGCAAUGUCAGAUGGAACGAACUAUCGGAAUCGCCUGCACUAAUGAUUGGUAAUGGCUACUCUGAUAUGCUAAAGCUAUAUUGCAUGAAAAAGAAAGAUACACUGAUGUCCGAUCUCGAUAGUAUCAAGAGAGCGUUUGUCGCUGCCACCAAAGUCGGUAGUUUCGAGCUGUUUGAAUACUGUUGGAUCGAGUUCGAGAUGAGUCGUCGCAUCAAGAAAACCUACCAAGACAAAUACCGAGUGAAUGACAUUCUUUGGCAUGCGAUCACCUCCAAUCGAUUGACGAUCGUUCAAUUCCUAUUGGAAUCGGUUGACUAUGAAUGGGACUACAAUUUAGCGUUGAUCAAAGCACCACUCUCCAGAGAUCUAUCGAUGCUUCAAUAUGUAGUUAAAAUAUGUGGUGGUCUCAAGAACACCCCAGCUGAAAACAGAAAAAAUGUCUAUGAUUUUGAAUUUGACUACGGGAGAAGCAACAAUCAGCGAAUGGUCUACAAUAAUGCAGCGUUUGUAGGCCAAAUCGAUAUGAUAGAAUGGUUGAUAAACUGCAGUUCUUACAGUUAUAGUCCAAGUGAAAUGAUGUUUAAAGCAAUUGAAGGUGGACAAGUUAAAACUAUUCAGUAUUUAAUGUCAAAUUGUCAUGACGGUGGCGAUAUUCUUAGAGCAGAUGGAUCAUACAUGAACAUUGCGGCACAAACCAACAAUCUUGAUAUGAUGAAACUACUUCAACAAUAUGAUUUUAUUUGCUCCAAUUAUGUCUAUCAACAUACUGUAAAGUACAACAACAUCGAAAUGGCUCAGUGGAUAAAAGUUAACUAUCCACUCAUUAAGUUUCCAGAGUAUCUUUUCAAGGAAGCAUGGUAUUCAAUUCAACAGGAUAUGAUCGAAUGGGUACUAACCAACACCGAUAUAAAGUGUAGUGCUCCAGAUGUCGAUGCUAUUGCAGAGCGAGGACAGUUGGAUCUACUGCAAUUCCUUCAUACCAAUAGAAAAAUAGUUUGCACCACUAAAGCGAUGGACGGCGCCGCUGGAAACAACUUUCUUGAGGUUGUCAAGUGGUUGCAUGAGAAUAGCAGUCAAGGAUGUACAAGCAAAGCUCUUGACAACGCAGCAGAAAAAGGAUUUUUACAUGUCGUAAAGUGGCUCCACAAAAAUAGAAGUGAAGGAUGUACUAGCAAAGCAAUUAACACUUCGAUUAUUAAUGGUCAUCUCCCGGUGGUUCAGUUCCUCUGUGAGAAUAGAUCGUCAGUGAUCUGUGGUAGCUAUGCACUUGACUGUACUUUCAAGAAUGGCAACUACGAGACAUACGAAUGGUUGCUCUGUAACAGAAGUGAAUUCAACAAACAAAACUAUGAAAUAGCUCAGCAUGUUAUGAUAAAACUAUUUAAGAACGAUAGAUUUCAGAUUGUCGAUUGGAUAUUGAAUGAUCGUAACUUUAGUAGCGACAAACUUUCACAGUAUAGACAGAUAGUUGAAAAAGAAUAUUCUUAUGCCUACAAUACAUUAGAGAUAAUAAACAAUCAUAUAUCAAAACAAUCAAAUAUAACAGGAGAUUCACAAUCAAAGAGAAUUAUGGAAGAUGAUACAAAUGAUAUCGAUGAAUCACAUUCUCAAAAGAAACAAAAAUUAUAA